AUGGACUCGUUAUCCGCAACGACGGAGAUGCCAUCCACAAGUACUCUGAUGGACGAUCGCAAGGUUACCAACAUCAAUGGACAUGGAGAAAAUCAUGGGACAGACAGCAACGGCCUUAUCGACUCUUCGCAAGCAAGCCCGUCCGACAAGCGAAGGAAAAUAGUCGUCGUCGGGCUGGGCAUGGUUGCCAUCGCCUUUAUAGAAAAACUAAUGAAGCUCGAUGCCGAACUCCGACAAUAUGACAUCGUCGUGAUCGGCGAGGAGCCGCACGUGGCCUACAAUCGCGUUGGCCUGUCGUCCUUCUUUGAGCAUCGCAAGGUCGAGGAUUUGUAUCUCAAUCCUGAGGAAUGGAAGUAUUCCUCGUUCAAAGAUGGCUCCUUCAAUUACCACCUCAACACGCGUGUCACAGAGGUCGACCCUGACCACAAACUGGUCAAGACAUCCACCGGCCAGGAGGUCUCGUACAACAUCCUGGUGCUCGCCACAGGCUCUGAUGCCGUCCUUCCCACGAACAUCCCCGGCUACGAUGCCAACGGGGUCUUUGUCUACAGGACCAUCUCCGACCUGCAGCGCCUGCUUGAGUUCGCGUCGCGGCACAAGGGCCAGACGGGCGUCACCGUCGGAGGAGGUCUGCUGGGUUUGGAGGCCGCCAAGGCGAUGAUGGACUUGCAGGAAUUCGGCAGCGUGAAACUGAUCGAUCGCAACAGAUGGGUCCUGGCGCGGCAGUUGGAUGGCGAUGCAGGCGCCUUGGUGACGGAGAAGAUCCGCCAGCUGGGGCUGGAUGUCAUGCUCCAGAAACGUGUCGCGCGGAUUGAAACGGAUGGCAGCAAUAAUGUUACGGGUAUCACUUUUGAGGAUGGAGACAAAAUUGAUUGCUGUUGUAUCUGCUUCGCUAUCGGGGUCAGCCCACGAGACGAGUUGGGCCAGAAGGCAGGCAUUGAACGUGCCCCGCGAGGAGGCUUCGUCGUCAAUGAGAGUCUUCAGACCUCAAUUCCAGAUAUCUACGCCAUCGGAGAAUGCGCCAGCUGGGAGAACCAGACAUUUGGCAUCAUCGCCCCCGGCAUCGAGAUGGCCGACGUGCUGUCGUUCAACCUCACUCAUCCUGACAACGAGCCCAGGCGAUUCAACAGACCGGACCUGAGCACAAAGUUGAAGCUGUUAGGCGUCGACGUGGCCAGCUUUGGCGACUUUUUCGCUGACAGAGACGGCCCCAAGUUCCUCCCAGGACGACGAGCGUCUACGCACAGGGUGAUGCCGUUUGACAAGUUGAAAAACAGGCCUGCUAAAGACACACAGUCGGUCAAGGCACUCACGUACAAAGAUCCCUUUGGCGCCGUCUACAAAAAGUACUUGUUUACCCUGGACGGGAAGUACCUGCUCGGCGGGAUGAUGAUCGGCGAUACCAAGGACUACGUCAAGCUGAACCAGAUGGUCAAGAAUCAGAAGGAGCUGGAUGUGCCGCCUAGUCAAUUUAUCCUCGGCUCGCAGAGUGGUGGUGAUGAGAAUGGUGACGAUCUCGACGACGAUACCCAGAUCUGCUCGUGCCAUAACGUCACCAAAGGAGACAUCAUCCAGAGUGUCAAAAUCGGCUCCUGCAAGUCUAUCGCACAAGUCAAGUCCUGCACCAAGGCUGGGACGGGCUGUGGGGGAUGCAUGCCUCUGGUGCAGUCCAUCUUCAACAAGACGAUGAAGGAGAUGGGACAGGAAGUUUCCAACCACCUCUGCUCUCACAUCCCGUACUCGCGAGUCGAUCUCUACAAUAUCAUCGCAGUCAAGCAACUAAAGACCUUUGACGCCGUGAUGCAAGCCUGCGGCAAGAACCCCGAGUCCCUGGGCUGCGAACUGUGCAAGCCGGCUAUCGCAUCCAUCCUUUCGAGUCUCUUUAAUCCCCACGUCAUGGACAAAGCCGUCCACGACCUGCAAGACACCAACGAUCGAUUCCUGGCCAACAUCCAGCGCAACGGAACUUUCUCCGUCGUGCCACGCGUGGCCGGCGGCGAAAUCACGCCCGACAAGCUCAUUACUAUCGGCCAGGUGGCCAAGAAAUACAAUCUAUAUUGCAAGAUUACCGGAGGGCAGCGCAUCGACAUGUUUGGCGCGAAGAAGCAGGAUCUUCUCGCUAUCUGGGAGGAGCUAGUGAAUGCGGGGAUGGAGAGUGGUCAUGCCUACGCCAAGUCGCUGCGAACUAUCAAGAGCUGUGUCGGAACAACCUGGUGCCGGUUUGGCAUCGGCGACAGCGUCGGGAUGGCAAUCCGUCUGGAAGAACGAUACAAGAGCAUCCGGUCGCCGCACAAGAUCAAGGGGGGUGUUUCUGGCUGUAAACGGAAUCAAACUCCUGACGAAGCGACCAGUUUCGGGUUGAUUGCCACUGAAAAGGGCUACAACAUCUUCGUCGGCGGCAACGGUGGCGCAAAGCCCCGUCACGCCGAGCUGCUCGCCAAAGACGUGCCUCCAGAGCAGGUCAUCCCCCUGCUCGACCGCUAUCUGAUCUUCUACAUCCGCACGGCCGACAAACUGCAGCGCACGGCGCGCUGGAUCGAAAACCUCCCGGGGGGCAUCAACUACCUGCGCGAGGUGAUCAUCGACGACAAGCUCGGCAUCUGCGCCGACAUGGAGCGGCAGAUGGAGGAGCUGGUGGCCAGCUACUUCUGCGAGUGGAAGGAGACGCUCACAAACCCGGAAAGACGAAAGUAUUUCGAGCAGUUUGGCAACACGUCCGACACCGUUGAGACGGUUGAGGUUGUGAAGGAGCGCGGACAGAGCCGUCCUGCGUUUUUGGCCCAAGGACGCCGUGACGGAGGACUUCCGGGGUCAUCAAUGGUCGAGUCUGGAUUGGCAGCCCAUCAUCAAGGCCAAUUACUUCUCC